UUAGUGCUUCACUUGUUGAUUUCGGAGAAAGAACUCUAACUGGUUAAUCCCUGAAUUGAUUACAGAAGUGGCAGUUGACUCGUAAUCGACACACUGAGAAUGUGUAUAUUGUUCUUCUUUGUUCUUCUUUCUACCCAUAUUCAUGUGAUUCACCAUCAAUCAGUUUUACAAUCAAGAUAAGGAAAACAAAUGAGAUAAAGAAGAUAAAAUUCAGCACAGUUAUUGGCGAUAGACAGUUAUGUGAUUGACUUGCUAGUAUUGAGGUGAGCAGAACAUCUUCAUCGAUUUUUCGAUAUAUCUCUCGGGAAAGGUUUAUUUCGUGAUUUGUCGUGAUGGAAAGCAGAAUAUGGAUAUUAUUGGCUAUGAUUUCUACGUGUCUUGGAAGUGUUUUCAUUGAUCAGAUAACGCCAGAAGUGAUUGAACCACUCAAAUUCGAACUCAAUGCUACGUACCAAGUUGUCCUCAGUUAUAUAGAUAUUCCUCAGCUUCAGACGGCGAAUCCAUUUAGAAUCAAAACAUGGACAACCAGCGACACAAAAACGCCUCUACCAAUUCUUGUUGUUGUCCAGCAAAAAAGUCAAGUGUCAGCCUGGUCUCUACCUUUGGUGGUGGAAACUUCGAUAUUGGGAAAAUCAACUGAAUUUGUCAAAGCUUCAGAAACCUUGUGUCACGAUUUUAUGAGAAAUAUUAUUAAUGAUUUCGACAUAGAACCACUAGAAGUGUCCCAGUGUUUCAUAAUCUCCCUGUCUACGUCUUCACCGCAAAACGUGACCAUCCACUUGGAACUAGAGGAGGAGAAGAAUUUUUACGUGAAUCUCGGCCAUAAAUAUUCUUUGCUCGUUUCUCCCAGUGAACCCCGAUAUGUUUUUUACAAAUUCAAUGAAAACACCAGCGACACGAUUGUCAUCGAGGUGGAUUCUGAAGAUGAUGUGUGUCUUAUAGUGUCUGUGCAAGACAGUAGGUGUCCAGUAAUGGAUAUGAACAAGGAUAUCAAGUAUGAGGGCACUUACCAAACCGUCAACUUGAAAGGGGCCAUAACUGUACCUAAAAGGAACUUCAAUGAGGGUUUUUUCUUGGUCUUUGUUGCCAGGCCGGAUAACUUCGAUUGCAGCGAAGAAAGCUCUCUCCUUCCCAGGAUAAUGAGUACACCUGUCACCGAUAUGAAAACCACCUCCAAUGUUACUUUUACAGUCAGGAAUGGUAUCAACGUUAAGCAGUAUAGAAUAGGUGUAUUUGCUACACUAGGAACCCUCGUAGUAGUAGGACUUUUAUGCAUAAUACUCAACAUCGCUUUCAAUCGAUUCGGGACAAUUUCCAAAACUGAUAGAAAGACGGAAACGGAUGCUCCAGAUGGCUUCCCCGCUUUCAGGAGAAGCGAACAAAUUGCCAGAUUAUUGAGCAACGGCAGUCUGACCGUAGCCGAUUUCUCAACAGACCCGAAACGAAUAAAGAGAAGGUCAUUCAACUACCUUUCUCAUACUCUGAGCGUCGCAAUUUUCUACAGCAUUCCCGUAGUCCAGUUGGUGGUCACUUAUCAAAGGAUCGUGAACAAAACGGGAAAUGAAGAUAUGUGCUACUACAACUUUCUAUGCGCUCAUCCAGCUUUUGGUUUCAGUGAUUUCAAUCACAUUUAUUCUAAUAUUGGAUACAUCGUCUUUGGAAUUAUUUUCAUCUUUGCCGUGGUGGACAGGCAUUCAGUGAUAAAAUUGAGAGUGGAUAGAGGAAUUGCUGUCCACUACGGUUUGUUUCACGCCAUGGGCCUUGCUUUGAUCAUAGAAGGAGUCUUAUCUGCUUGCUACCAUAUCUGUCCAAGUCAGUCUAGCUACCAAUUCGAUACGAGUUUCAUGUAUGUGAUGGCAGUUCUGUGCAUGAUAAAACUCUACCAGAACAGACACCCAGAAAUAAAUGCUACAGCAUAUACAACAUUCACAGUGCUUGGUGGUGCAAUUUUCUUAGCCAUGUUGGGUAUCCUCAAUGCUAACAUGUUCAUCUGGAUAAUAUUUUUUAUCUGUUACGCAACACUUACUGUGAUAGUUUCCUUGAAAAUAUAUUUCCUGAAUUUCGUGUUGGAUGGGCUGACACAGUUCAAAAAUAACGUUGAGAAGAAAGGAUUUUGUACAGAAGCUCUUAAACCGAUUCGAAAAACCAGGUUCAUCGUGCUCUUGAUUGCUAAUGUAGUCAACUAUGCCAUGCUGAUCACUGGGUUUUAUCUGUACACAAAGGGUCUUACUGAUUUUGGGACGUUUUUGCUGGGAUUGUUGAUGGGAAAUGCAGUCAUCCACACCAUUUUCUACACUGUCAUGAAAAAGGUGAUACAUAAAGAGAAGAUCUGUUUUGAAGCUAUAAUAUAUGGAAUCCUGAGUAUUCUGUGUUGGGGAGCAUCUGGAUAUUUCUUUCUUGAUGCAGCGACUUUAUGGACGGUAACUCCCGCAGAAUCCCGCCAAUGGAACCAAAAAUGUAUCCUCAUCGACUUCUUCGACAGGCAUGACGUGUGGCAUCUUCUUAGCGCACCAGCGCUCUAUUUCACUUUCAUGUAUCUGAUGUGUCUCGAUGACGACAUCAUUGAUAAGUAUCAAACAGAAUUACCGGUCUUCUAGAUAAGAAACCUAUGAAUCUCAUAAAAGUUGGAAGAUUAGUGACCAGUUACGAUUAUUGUUGUUACAACACGCGGGGGUGUGAAUUUUAUCGAUUUUCUGGACUAACUGAUUGUUAACGCCUUGGUUUUUUUCAUCAAUUGAAUCCAGAAAUAUUUAGGACAGAUUAUUAUUAUUUUGGAGAGGAAACUUUUGGCUCUCCACUUUUCCAUCUGUAUAUAAAAAAUAAGCGAAACUCUCAAAGGAAGGAAGGAAACCAUUCAUUUCAAAAUAAACUAUUCAUAAAAAUGUGCAGAUCAAGCAUACAAAUUACUUUUUUCGGGCUACACUUCAGAAUUUCAAAGAGCCAGAUAAAAAUAUUGCAAUAUUUUUUUUGUGCAUCAUUAGUUCGACUUCGAUACUCUCAUAUGAUAGAAAUUGAUUAGAAAUACUUGAAAGAGUCUAUGAAAAAUUAGAAAGAUAAGCUGAAAAAAAAUAACAAUUAUACUAAGCAAAAAAACUGCAAUUACAAUGAAAUAAAAUACAAGCAACAAUCGAAAAAUCAAAGAAUUGAACUAUUUACACGAGAUCUGACUAUUUAUAGAUCAUUCGAGUGCUUUCACCUAUCCCCUCUUUCCGCUUCAUCGGUUUUAGCGGGAGCUGGCCAUUUGGCGGGAGUUGGUCGUGUUCCGCUUGAUUACAGGUUUCCAUAUGUUGCGUAUCUCUACGCUAGCUUGGCUAAAUGCGUUAUUGGACAACAUAUAUGCGGCUUCUUUGAACGUCCCCCUAAACUUCCCCCCAAGACUUCUCUUCCUUGUGAAGCUCUUGCUGUCUUCUAGCUUAAGUCUGUUCCCCUAUCACUUUGGAAUAACCAAUCCGUUAGAGGUCAUUUUUGAUAAUGCCUAGUUCCUUCCUCUCUAAGUCGAUUGAUGAUGGUUGGAUUCGUGGUUCAGAUACUGUCCCGUGAGAGUGGGUUUUUAGUGUACAGAUGUUUCCCAUUUAGUGUCGGUCCUCUUCACCAAUACAUCUGAGAAUGGCAAUUCGUUGUGGACUUCCUUUUCCAUUGUGAAAGUGAUGAAAAGUCUUACGUUGUUGAUGUGCUUCAGGAAAGUGUCUAGUUCUGUAUUCCCACGGUUCUACAUUACGAGGGUGUCGUCAAUGUAUCUCAACCAGACUCGGGGCUUCUUGUGGGCUUCUUCAAUGGCCAGAGUUUCAAACCACUCCAUAUAUAUGUUGGCUAUGACUGAUGAAAGUGGUGACCCAAUUGUACUCCCCUACAUCAGAGGAUUUUCGGAAAGGAUAAGAAGAAUUGGAUCCAAGUUUAACAUCACAACCUGCUUCGGAUCUGAGAACACUAUCCGUAGCAGCCUCACGAAAACUAGGCCACCAAACGCGGAUUGAGAUUCCAAGAAUUGCAUUUACCGAAUUCCCUGCGAGUGCGGAGAAUCAUACAUCGGUGAAGCUAAGCCCGCGAAAUUUGAACAUUGACCUUAUUUUUUUAGCAGAUCUCUUAUACCGCAGUUCUGGACUAAACGUCUGAAAUAAAACUCGUGGAACACGGCCAUCAAACUCGAUAGUUUUGACUGUUAUCUCCGUUCGUGAGGGUUUUAUUUAUAUUCAUUCAUUUAUCCCCAAGAAACUACAAUGGCUUAUGAAGGGAAUUAUUUAUACAAGAAACAUUCAUACACAAAUAUAUAACUUGAAAAAGACCUAUUUCAGAAUUGAUCUAAUCAAUAACAAAAAAAAAACAAAUAUGUUUAUAUGACAGCUUAGAUUCUUCGAUCUAUCCAUAUUUCAAUGUAUUUUAAUUGACAGGAGAUUACAUAAUUUACUUUUGUGACAAUCAAUUUUGUGAUACUUUCUAUACUUGAAUAAAAAAUCAAACCCAUGUUGUUUUUACCA